UCUCGGGCCCUCAAGCGGAGCGACGGGCGCCGGACCCCCAGGCGGAGCGACAGGUCUCGGACCCUCAGGCGGAGUGGCGGGCGCCGGACCCCCAGGCGGAACGACAGGUCUCGGACCCUCAGGCGGGGCGGCGGGCACCGAGUCACCAGGCACAACCGUGGGCUCCGAGUCAACUGGGAUGACCGCUGGCACUGGGUCAGACAUUGGAUCGUCUGGCUGGACAGCGGGCACUGGGUCACCAGGCAUCAGGUCAUUUGGCUCGACAGCGGGCACCGCGUCAUCUGGCAAGGCAGUGGGCUCCGAGUCAACAGGCACGACAGUGAGCACCGGGUCAUUUGGCUCAACAGCGGGCACCGGAUCAGGUACCGGAUCAUCUGGAUCAACAGCGGGCAUCGAGUCAACUGGCCUAAUAGGAUCGUCAGGCUGGAUCAGUUCAUCAUGCUGGGUAGAGGCAUCAGGCUGAAUGCCGGCGUCCGGCUGAGUAGAGGCUUCGGGCCGAGUAGAGGCUUCGGGCCGAGUAGAGGCUUCGGGCCGAUAGAGGCUUCGGGCCGAGUAGAGGCUUCGGGCCGAGUAGAGGCUUCGGGCUGAACCACGGAAGGCAGGCUCACCGGUUUGGAUACUGGCAGGAUGGUAUUGGUUGGAAAGAAUUUUCGCUUUUUUCUGGUUUUAACUACUGGAGCACUGCAAGUAAACGCAGGUCUGCAAACGAAUGGAGCAGCUGGAGACAGAGAAGAACUGGAGGAUGGAACAGGAGAGGGAGCGGUUGCUACAGAGGGCUUUUUUACAGGGUUAAAGGCAGGAUAGGUGCAGCGAGUGGGAACAGGGGACUGACAUGCGGUAGAUAG